AUGAUGAAGUUUGAAUCCUCUAGCUCAGUAGUGUUUGUGUCAUUUUGGACUGGUGUGUGGGGGUGUGGCCUCCUGCUGUGGGGGUGUGGCCUCCUGCUGUGGGGGUGUGGCCUCCUGCUGUGUGGGUGUGGCCUCCUGCUGUGGGGGUGUGGUCUCCUGCUGUGGGGGUGUGGUCUCCUGCUGUGUGGGUGUGGCCUCCUGCUGUGUGGGUGUGGCCUCCUGCUGUGUGGGUGUGGUCUCCUGCUGUGGGGGUGUGGUCUCCUGCUGUGUGGGUGUGGACUCCUGCUGUGGGGGUGUGGUCUCCUGCUGUGUGGGUGUGGCCUCCUGCUGUGUGGGUGUGGCCUCCUGCUGUGUGGGUGUGGUCUCCUGCUGUGUGGUGUGGUCUCCUGCUGUGUGGGUGUGGUCUCCUGCUGUGUGGGUGUGGUCUCCUGCUGUGUGGGUGUGGUCUCCUGCUGUGGGGGUGUGGCCUCCUGCUGUGUGGGUGUGGUCUCCUGCUGUGGGGGUGUGGCCUCCUGCUGUGUGGGUGUGGUCUCCUGCUGUGUGGGUGUGGUCUCCUGCUGUGGGGGUGUGGUCUCCUGCUGUGUGGGUGUGGUCUCCUGCUGUGUGGUGUGGUCUCCUGCUGUGUGGGUGUGGUCUCCUGCUGUGUGGUGUGGUCUCCUGCUGUGUGGGUGUGGUCUCCUGCUGUGUGGGUGUGGUCUCCUGCUGUGUGGGUGUGGUCUCCUGCUGUGUGGGUGUGGUCUCCUGCUGUGUGGUGUGGUCUCCUGCUGUGUGGGUGUGGUCUCCUGCUGUGGGGUGUGGUCUCCUGCUGUGUGGGUGUGGUCUGCUGCUGUGGGGGUGUGGUCUCCUGCUGUGUGGGUGUGGUCUCCUGCUGUGUGGGUGUGGUCUCCUGCUGUGUGGGUGUGGUCUCCUGCUGUGUGGGUGUGGUCUCCUGCUGUGUGGGUGUGGUCUGCUGCUGUGGGGGUGUGGUCUCCUGCUGUGUGGGUGUGGUCUCCUGCUGUGUGGGUGUGGUCUGCUGCUGUGGGGGUGUGGUCUCCUGCUGUGGGGUGUGGUCUCCUGCUGUGUGGGUGUGGUCUCCUGCUGUGUGGGUGUGGUCUCCUGCUGUGUGGGUGUGGUCUCCUGCUAUGUGGGUGUGGUCUCCUGCUGUGUGGGUGUUGUGUCCUGCUGUGGGGGUGUGGUCUCCUGCUGUGUGGGUGUGGUCUCCUGCUGUGUGGGUGUGGUCUCCUGCUGUGUGGGUGUGGUCUCCUGCUGUGUGGGUGUGGUCUCCUGCUGUGUGGGUGUGGUCUCCUGCUGUGGGGUGUGGUCUCCUGCUGUGGGGGUGUGGUCUCCUGCUGUGUGGGUGUGGUCUCCUGCUGUGUGGGUGUGGUCUCCUGCUGUGGGGGUGUGGUCUCCUGCUGUGUGGGUGUGGUCUCCUGCUGUGUGGGUGUGGUCUCCUGCUGUGGGGGUGUGGUCUCCUGCUGUGUGGGUGUGGUCUCCUGCUGUGGGGGUGUGGUCUCCUGCUGUGUGGGUGUGGUCUCCUGCUGUGUGGGUGUGGUCUCCUGCUGUGGGGGUGUGGUCUCCUGCUGUGUGGGUGUGGUCUCCUGCUGUGUGGGUGUGGUCUCCUGCUGUGUGGGUGUGGUCUCCUGCUGUGUGGGUGUGGUCUCCUGCUGUGGGGGUGUGGUCUCCUGCUGUGGGGUGUGGUCUCCUGCUGUGUGGGUGUGGUCUCCUGCUGUGGGGUGUGGCCUCCUGCUGUGUGGGUGUGGUCUCCUGCUGUGUGGGUGUGGUCUCCUGCUGUGGGGGUGUGGUCUCCUGCUGUGUGGGUGUGGUCUCCUGCUGUGUGGGUGUGGUCUCCUGCUGUGUGGGUGUGGUCUCCUGUUGUGGGGGUGUGGUCUCCUGUUGUGGGGGUGUGGUCUCCUGCUGUGGGGGUGUGGUCUCCUGCUGUGGGGGUGUGGUCUCCUGCUGUGUGGGUGGGUCUCCUGCGUGGGGUGUGGUCUCCUGCUGUGUGGGUGUGGUCUCCUGCUGUGGGGUGUGGUCUCCUGCUGUGGGGUGUGGUCUCCUGCUGUGGGGUGUGGCCUCCUGCUGUGGGGGCGUGGUCUCCUGCUGUGGGGUGUGGUCUCCUGCUGUGUGGGUGUGGUCUCCUGCUGUGUGGGUGUGGUCUCCUGCUGUGGGGUGUGGUCUGCUGCUGUGGGGUGUGGUCUGCUGCUGUGGGGGCGUGGCCUGAUACUGUGGGGGCGUGGUCUCCUGCUGUGGGGGCGUGGCCUCACCAGGUCGUCCUCCUUGUAG